AUGUCCCUCAUCACCCAGAAAAACAACCGCAGAGGCGGAGGCAACAAAGGUGGCGCACGCCGCCACCAGAACAACACACUAUACGCACACCCCCUCCCCCUCGUCCUCGACCAGCCCCCGCCAACAUGGUCGACACACAUCCUGGGUCUCUUCGGCCUCGCAGGCACCCGCGUGCUCAACCCCCAUUGCGAGGGCGUUUUCGACCCCGCCACCCGCUCCGUCUGGGUCCUCAACGCCAAGGACCUCGCCAUCCUCUGGACACGCGGCUUCUUCGGCAAGGGCGACCUCUCCCGCAGCGAGCCCUCCUGGCGCACGCGCCAGAUCAGCGCAAAGCGCGCCGCCGCCGGACACUACAUGACCGCAGAGGAGGUCCGCGAGAAGCGCAGGGCAGAGCGCACGCAGUUCAAGCGCGACCGCGCCGCCGCCAUGGCGCAGGCCGCCGCCGAGGCCGAGGCCGCCUUCGCCGCGGGCUGCGAGGUGCAGCACACGACCGUCAUCCCCUCGGGCGCGACCUGGAAGCCCCAGCAGCCCCUCGCCGACGCGCCGCCGCCCGCGCCCGCGCCCGAGGAGGACGACGACCGCGCCUUCGAGGCGGAGGUGCCCGCGCUGGAGCACCUGCAGCUCACGCUGCAGGAGGCCUUCUUCCUCAUGUGGACCCUGGACUGCCUGACGGUGCUCGACCCCGCGACGUCUGCGCCGAUGAGCCUGCGGGACGUCUGGACGGCCUUCCGGUCCGUGCAGUGCGCGCCGCAGAUUCCGAUUCCUGGCACGCUGGAGCUGGACCUCUACGCCGGCCGGUUCGACAACCCGUUCCUCGUGCACUAUGCCGCGUACCACUACUACCGCUCGCUCGGCUGGGUCAUCAAGGGCGGCAUCAAGUUCUGCGUCGAUCUGCUCUUGUACAAGCGAGGCCCGGUCUUCCACCAUGCCGAGUUCGCUGUCGUCGUGCUCCCCGUGUAUGAAGACCCCGCGGACCAAGAGUCGUCGCCUUUUGAUCUCGCCAACGCAUCUCCCUUCUCUUGGACCUGGCUGAGCACCGUCAACCGUGUCAACUCGCAAGUACAAAAGACACUCAUCCUCACAUACGUCACAAUACCCGCCCGCUCACGAAUGUCGCCGGACCUGCUCUCCUCCCCGGCAUGUCUUACGCACUAUUCGGUCAGAGAGGUUGUGUUGCGCCGGUUUAUACCAGCGCGCAUGCGGGACUAG